GUUCAGCCGUUCGUGCGCCAUUCUUUCCCCACGCGAUCUCAAGCAUUGCCCCGCUGUUGCCUUUUCUUUCGGCGCACGCCUCUCUACAAUCAUACGCAUUGCUUGCAAAGUGUUCAAUAUGUCAGACUCUUCCAGCGCUGGAACAAGUGGUCCUAUGCCGCAGCUCCCUCCCCAUACCGAGUGGUACCAGCAUUCUCGUGCCGUAUGGCCUGUUGCUCUCGCCAUCGUCUUCGAAGCGUUUGCCGUCACUGCUGUUGCGCUUCGCAUCUGGUCGCUUCGUCUCAGUCGGAAGCAGAAGCUUGCAGAUCAUGACUGGGCUAUUUUGGUUGCGUUGCUGUUUUCCACUGGCCUUGUGGUUCUCCUCAUACUCGCGACUGUGAUGGGUGGUCUCGGACAGCAUGCCGCGCUUCUCUCAGACCCAGCUGUUCAACUCGUCCAUUUCGGCAAGAUCUACGUCGCGAACUCUCCAGUCUGGGGCGCUGCAAUCAGUGCUGUCAAGAUUUCCAUCCUGCUACUCUACAUCAAGCUUUUCGCGAUCAACCGUACCUUCCGUAUCGUUUGCUGGAUCAUUAUCGCCAUCCAAUUUGCCUGGUUCGUCGGAGUGACGCUUAGUGGACUGCUUUACUGCAGGCCUUUGGCAUUCGCCUGGAAUCCGACGAUCCCUGGAGGCAAAUGUGGCAAUGCCAUGCAGGCCUACCUGAGCGCACACAUUAUCAAUUUGAUACUCGACAUCGCCGUGGCGCUCGCUCCUAUCCCCGUCCUCGCCAAGCUCCAGUUGAAGAAGGAAAAGAAGAUUGAAAUCACUGCUAUCUUCGCGCUUGGUAUCAUCAUUUGUGCAAUCACAAUUGCCCGUAUCGUUUUGAUCAAGGACUUGGUACCGCUGGAUACUACCUACACCUCUUCUCACAUCUUCUUCUUCACCAUCCUAGAGCCGCUCCUCGGUAUAAUACUGGCAUGCCUGCCUGUGCUUCGCCCAGCUAUGACCCAGAUUACGAGCGUGUUCACUGGCACUAAGAAGUCCAUGCUCAACAACAGUGACUACACGAGUGAUAGUAAGCCUCGCACGAUUGGAAGUACCGGAAAAUACAGUAACAUCGCCCGUGGCGUCGAUCGGUCAGACUCUCUUACCCGGCCUAUCAACGAUGCUGGUUCAUUCAACAUGGACGCUCUGGAGCAGCCUAACAAAGCCCACAAGGGAAAGGCAAUCCACGUUACUAGCACUUGGGACGUAGAGCGCCGUUAGAACAUUUGAAGGGAAAAGGAUGCGUUGUUAGUGCUCAAAAUAUGUGUAAAUUUUCAAAAUUAAAUACGUCCCCAAUAAAUAC